AUGGCAAUGUUCAAGCCUUCGCAACCGAUGAUGGCGCGAUUGCGCCUGACCACCAAGCAGGUCAAUGGCGGUUACUACAAGGGAAACCGGACUGGAUCAAUGGGUUACUUCGCGAAGAACGGUUCUUAUGUGAUUGAUUGGAAGAAAGUCCGCACAUAUGUUGUCCCUGAAAACUUGGCCGAUUUCAAGCUCACGCCGUUUGUGACGAAACGCAUGGCUCCGACAAAGGGCAAGUACACGAGAGAGAUCGAGAAGAACGGCAGAACGGUUAUCGUCGAGCGAGCGUUUGGUGCGAAGGACUAUCUUGACAUGUGGGCUUCGGAUAACGGACAAGAGGUGCUGGAGCAGGAAAGACUCGAGCAAGAAUCAGCAGCGAGUGAGACAGCGUCCCGGCAAUGA